AUGUACACGCAGAUAUUCCGAGAGGCGCGAGGGGGUUCACAACAGAAGCUGGACGAUCUCUUAAUAGACUACGCCAGAUGCAUACGAAAUGAUCGGAAUAAUUCUGGCAAGCGCAAAGGAGGUGCAUUACUAUUAAGUGUGGUAGGAGGGAAGCUGAGUGAGGGUAUCAACUUCAAGGAUGAAUUAGGACG